GUGAGAGAGAGAAAAAUAUACUCUCUCCGCAUCUAUACAUAUAGAGAGAGAAAACCUAUAUUUAUAGAGAGAGAAACUCUAGAGAGAGAAAAAGCCUUGUGUUUAUGUAUAUAUAGGCUAUAUAGAUUACAGUGAAAAAAACUCUCUUUUUCAUUCCUCCAUUAUUCGUUCAUUCUCUCAGCUGAAAGAGCACAGAAUUUUCAAGAAAUUUAUGAUGCUUUGCAGUUAAAGCUUUGGUUUUUUGCAGAUUUUUCUCGGAAUUUAUGAUUUCAGAAAAAAAAAAAUCAAUGCAAAAGCCCCGUUUAAUGGCCGAUUUAGCUUGCGUUUUGUUAGGGUUCAGUAGUGAAACUUGAGCUCGGAUGGUUUUCCUGCGGAACAGCAUAGAUUGCUUUAAACAUUAAGAGCCACAUUUCCUUCGUCAUUCUUACAUCCUGUUUGUUGAAAGGAUGUCAGAAUGGUUGGAUGCUUAUGAUGACGUAAGAGAAAGAAGAUCAGACUUUGAGGUUUCAGAGGAUGAAAGACGACGUUCAAGAAUUGGUACUUUCAAGAAAAAGGCAUUACAUGCUUCAAACAAGUUCACUCACUCUCUGAAGAAAAGAGGAAAAAGGAAAGUGGACUACAGGUUCCCUUCAGUUUCGAUAGAGGAUGUACGUGAUGCAAAAGAGGAGAAUGCUGUCUGUGAAUUGCGUCAAAGGCUCCUUGAGCGGAAUUUGUUGCCAUCCAGACAUGAUGACUACCAUACAUUGUUGAGAUUCUUAAAGGCAAGAGAUCUCAAUGUUGAGAAAACUAUUCCGAUGUGGGAAGAAAUGCUUAACUGGAGGAAAGAGUUUGGAGCAGACACAAUAUUGCAGGAUUUUGACUUUGAAGAGUUGGAAGAAGUAUUGCAGUUUUACCCACAAGGAUAUCAUGGAGUUGAUAGGGAGGGAAGACCUGUUUAUAUCGAAAGGCUUGGACAAGCUAAUCCGAACAAACUAAUGCGGAUAACCACAAUUGAUCGCUACUUAAAAUAUCAUGUCCAAGAAUUUGAAAGGGCACUACAUGAGAAGUUCCCUGCAUGUUCUGUUGCCGCAAAGAAAAGAAUCUGCACAACAACUACAAUUUUGGAUGUGCAAGGCUUAGGGAUUAAAAAUUUCACAAGGACAGCUGCUAGUCUUUUGGCGGCCAUGGCAAAAAUUGAUAAUAGCUAUUAUCCUGAGACACUGCAUCGGAUGUUCAUUGUCAAUGCUGGCCCUGGCUUCAAAAAGAUGCUCUGGCCAGCAGCUCAAAAAUUUCUGGAUGCAAAAACUAUUGCAAAGAUACAGGUGCUCGAUCCCAAAUCCUUGGGUAAACUACAUGAAGUUAUUGACCCAAGUCAAUUGCCUGACUUUUUAGGUGGCUCUUGUACCUGUUCUGACGAGGGUGGCUGCCUCAGGUCUAACAAGGGUCCAUGGAGUGAUCCUGAAGUAACGAAGCUUGUGUAUAACGUAGAGGCAACAACUGUGAAGGAAAUCUCUAGAAAAAUUGGUGACCAAAGGAAAAUUGAAUCCUAUAUACAGAUACGCCCUUCAAAGGGAAGGAGUAGAGACACAUCCACAAGUGAUUCAGUAUUGGAUGCUGAUGACUUGUGUUCACCAAUUAGAGGAAGUAGUAGCUCAAUUUUGAGGCUGGCCCCAGUUGAUGAAGAAGUUAGGUCAUCAGAUUCAACAGCCUAUUGUAGCUGUGAUGAUGAAUUCAGCCUAGGUGAUCGAGGUGUCACUAAUGAGCAUGGAUUGCUGCAUUGGCAAGAGCAGUCUCCUGUGAGCAAUCCAAUGAAUCGGUCCACUAAUACAUUGCCUCAUUCUGGAGGUACCUGGGCAAUUAAUUGGUGUGAAAGAAUCCAAGAGAAGAUUCUGAGCAGCUGUUUCAGUUGUUUGGAAAGGAAACUGAUUCCUUUCAUACUUAAAAUCUUUGCAUUUAUUCGUAGUCUUCCCUUCGAGUACUGGAGGAAACAGACAAAUGUUUUUCCGACUAAUGCAUUGGAAGAACGACAAGGGAGCAGUUCAUCCAUUAAUGACGAAGCAGUUCAAAGAGUAAGGGAGAUCCAUCCAUGCAUGCAGCGUCUUCAUAAAUUGGAAAAUUUAUUGGAAGAAAUAAACAAAAAGCCCGCUGAGAUCCCAGCAGAGAAGGAUCGAAUGCUUCAUCAGUCACUUAACAGGAUCAAGUCUGUAGAAGUUGACCUAGAAAAAACAAAAAGGGUAUUGCAUGCAACGGUGUUGAAGCAACUUGAAAUUACAGAGUUAGUGGACAACCUAAAAGAGUCGAGCUUUCAUAGGCGGAGAUUGUGGUGUUGAAUAUUGAAAUGUUGGAGAUUCGAGUACCUGACAAUGCGAUGAUAACAUUUUACUGCUAACUAUGCUGCGAAGGGAGAUGUUUGCUUAUGCACCUCCAGCAGUGGUGACAAAGUUUUCCUUUUUUUUGUACAAUGUCCUUUACAGAACAUGCAGUUAUGUUGCUGCAAGAUGAUGUUGAUUAUACUGUACUGUUAAACAUCUUAAAGAAAAAGCUUAAAAGAAAGCCUUUUGAGAGUUUAGAGGCAUAUUUAUACCAUCUUAAUUCUGUUCCUC